AUGUAGACAUAAGUUUUUUUCAAUUUCAGCCAAAAGAUUUUAGAUUCUAAAAUAAAUCAUCUUCAAAACUUCGAAAAUGUAAAAAUUGUCAUUGAAUACUUGGAAGAAGACUAAAAUAAUCAGCAGUUUAUUGAAUUGAUUUAGAAAAUUAAAGAUGUUAAAAAUUUAGAAAUAGUUAUAGAAGAAUUAGAUUUAUUUUCUAAUUUAAAGGUUUCUGAAUAUAAUAAAAUGCUAUUAAAUUAUUUGGUUGGACUGAAAAAUCUUUAAAGAUUACUGUUAGUAGUUAAAUUAGAUAAUACUGAUAACAGCAAAUAUGUUGAGUUAAAUAAUUUUUUUUUUGAAAAUAGCGGAUUAUAACUAUUUUCAAACUAAUUAGAAUAUACUUAGUGA